AUGCCGCCCCCUAAAGGUACAGCUGGUAAUAUCCUCGAAGGACCAGGCGACUACGACGUCACAAGCACAGUGCACUGUGAUCCAUACCCAGCCAUCGACCCAUCCCACUUUGACUUAUUGGGCAAGGCCGUACUCAUCACCGGGGCCUCUCGCGGACUGGGACGGGCCAUGGUGCUUGCCUUCGCCGCCGCCGGGGCUUCCAAAAUUGCUGCGGGCGCAAGGGGAGACACAGCCUCGCUUCGAGAUGCCGUCAACAAUUGUGCUAGUGCCAACGGUCACAGCAAGCCCAACUUCCUGCCACUAACACUCGAUGUGUCACACGACGCCAGUGUGGCAGCCGCCGCCGCCGCAAUCACGGCCGAGUUCGGCCGUCUUGACAUCGUCAUCAACAAUGCUGGGGUUCUGGGCACCUUUGGCAAGGUUGGCGAUACCGACCCGGAUCAGUGGUGGCGCGUCUUCCAAGUCAAUCUCCUUGGGCCUUAUCUCGUGAGUCGGGCCAUGAUUCCACUGCUGCGUGAGGCCGAGCACUCGUAUUUGAUCCACGUGUCCAGUGGGGGCGCGCACCUUGUCAACCCUGGAUUGAGCGCCUACCAGACCUCCAAGCUGGCUCUUCUGCGCUUUUCCCAGCUUCUUCAUCGAGAGUACGCCGAGACUGGGGUGACGUCCUUCGCUGUCCACCCGGGCAAUUGUCCCACCGACAUCAUGGGUCCUGGGGAGCUGGAUGAGUUCCACAAAUCGAUUUACACGGACGAUCCGGCUUUGUGUGCGCAGUCUCUGGUGUACCUCAUCUCGGAGCCCAGGCCAUGGCUUGGUGGCAGAUAUGUGAACUGCACGUGGGAUUUGCCAGAGUUGAUGGCCCAGAAGGACGCAAUCGUAAAAGGAGACAAAUUGAAAGUCAAGCUGGACUUUUGA